AUGUUGGAAAAUCUCGACGUGCGAUAUCAUCCUGGAGACCUGCGUCCGACAAGAGAGGAAUGGGAGUCACUGCUGUAUGGUACGCCGGCUCUUCGCAAGCUAACAGUGGUCAACUCCGGACCACAGUUAGAGUCCGGGUUUCCGUAUGGGAAGCUCGAAGACGUGGGCGAGAGAGCAGUGUUACUUCCAGCACUAAGAAUGCUCCGAAUAGGCUGUGUAGCGCCACUCAGUCUCUUGUACCUUCUCUCGUCCAUCCAGGCUCCACGUCUAGCCGAACUUUGCAUCCAUCGACUCCGUGGAGAAGGACACGAGGCAAGCUUCGACCUGCUCAACCACGAUCGAUACCCAGAACUCGUGUCACUGCGGAUUCUCGAUGUCCUAUGCGACAAGCAAGUUGUCGUCGAUGCCUUCCGCCGCCUGCAUGGCAUCUCCACGCUUCACCUACGUUCAGGAGACCACUAUCUCGAAGCACUGACCGAGCACCUCUCCGUGUACAACCUGGGCGACUCCAGCAUUCUGCCCCGGCUACGUACGCUCCGUACACACGGUUAUACCUGUAAAGAACUCGCCCAUUUCUGCAGCGAGCGCGACCGGCUCGGUUCCCUCAGACACACGUUCCAGAUCGUUUCCGAUCAUCAGAAGAUCGCGGGCGACCCGGCUUGCGAUAUGUUUCACGAUAACUUGGGGAAGAUUAUCCGUCUGCAGGAGAAGACGUCCUUUGAAUCGUUGGAUGAGAUACAUGAUGCAGGGACUGGGGAGACGUGCCCAUGCUGUGGGCAAUUGCUAUGCGGUGCAACAGCAAAGCGGUUCUCUAGGCUCUCAAUCGUUAGCCCCAGGUUGUCUUUAUCAAUUCCUUCGAAGAGGAUAACGCCUCAUGCCCCCCACAACGGGGUGGACGGACGAGCUGCACUCGUCUAGUUGCGCGUCAUACCCUCGACGCUCUGGAUACGCAGCUUUGCAAGAUGUCAAGCUUUC